AACAAUGGUAUUUUUUCAGGCAUGAAGCUGAAUUUUUUAGGGUACUUGCUGAUUUCCAACCAUCUCAAAGGAAAUGCAAUGGUAAAUUUAUUUAAAUAGCUCAACCCUCUUCCUGUCUUUCUUUUUUCUCUAAAGCCACAUUAUUGUAAAAAAAAAAAAAAAAAAAAAAAAGCAUGGCAUCCAUAAGGACCAUGAGCCAGGAAGAACAAAACCAUCUGAGUUUCCUCUUUCACGCCUAUGAUGUGGAUAAUUCAGGGCGCAUUGAAAAAAAUGAAUUUUCUACUAUUUGCAAAGAACUCAAUGUGUCCUCCCAAGAAGCAGAGCGCAUAUUCAACCGCCUGGACGUCGACAAAGACGGCACAGUGACCUUAGAGGAGUUCAUCAGCGGCUUUCAAGAACAACACCAGGAAGAACACGAUGAUGCUUCAGAAAACAAGAACUCCUCAACUGUGGAAGGAUUUUCAAUCAGCAAAGGACAUGUCACAUCCAGCAGGCAGCCACAUCCCCACAUCCAGGGAAUGAGCGCAGAGGAGCAGGAGCGGCUGCGCGCCCUCUUUCACACCUACGACGUGGACAACUCCGGGCGGAUCGAGAAGAACGAGUUUCUCACCAUCUGUACGGAGCUGCAGGUGUCAGCGGCCGAGGCGGACCGGAUUUUCAGCCGGCUGGACAUCGACGACGACGGAACCGUCACCUUCCAGGAGUUCAUCACCGGGUUUCACGACCGCCACGGAGAGUUCAUGGAGUCAGACGGAGGAGACGUGUCCGCCGCCUGGGAGAACUUCGAGAGGAGGCUGGGAGAGCAGGCAAAGUUCAUCCCCAGGCAUGAACAGGCAGCAACACUGUACCAGAACAUCAGUCUGACUGAGCCCAGACUGAUUCCUUAUUUUGAGAAAGUCGUCAUUAACUUCACCAAAGAGAUCAAACAGCAGAACUCGGAGAUGGAGAACCUGGCGCUCGCAAUUAAACGAUCUCAGGACCAAGCAACAAUGCAGCUCAGCGAGAUGGAGGAGGAGAUGGACCAACGUAUUCAUGCUGCGGAAAGAAAAACACGAGAGCAGGAGAAAAAGCGAACAGAGGCUGCGCUAAAUGAAUUAAGGAGAGGUUAUGAAACUGAAGUGUGUGAGCUGCAAUGUAAGAUCCAGAGGAUGCAGAUGAUUGAAGAGAAAUACAAGAACAUCGCUGUGAAAGAUGAGAGUUCAGCUCUGAAGAAGAGGAUCAAUGAGCUAACACUGGAAAACCAGAAGAUAAAACAGGAGCUGCUGAAGUCUCAGACCAAAGUUGCCUGUUUGCAGAGUGAGAUGGACUCGUUGAAGACAGAGUUAACAGACCAAAGCAUCAACUCUGAACGAGACGAGGAGCUCAUGCAACACUUUUCUGAUGAGCGAGACAUCCUGGAGAGUCAGAUCGAGAUUCUGCAGACAGCUAACAGGAAGCUCCAUGACAGUAACGAUGGCCUGAGAGCUGCUCUGGAGAGGAUCACAAAGUCUGGUGGGUCACCAGAUGUUAAGAACAGAAACAGAAGUAAAAGCAUCUGCUACACAUCACCAUACGUCCUAAUGGACAGGGUCUGCCAGCGUACAGAUGAGUUUCCUCUGUACACCCGCCGGCCCAGCUGCGACACUCUGGCCUUGGCCAUGUGUGAUCCCGGCCUGAGGCGCCGACACAGCAGCGAGUGCGAGCAGGACAGUCUGCCGGAGAUCUACGUGGACAGCGGCAUGUCGACGCUCAGAGGCUCGCACGGAGGCUACGACUCAGAGCACGACGUCAAAGGUCAAGAAGAAGAGGAAGAAGAAGAAGAAGAGAGGCAGGAGAAGAAGAAGAAAAGGGAGGAUUACAACAAUGACAGCAUGAUGGGAGAAAACUCUGACACUGAUCCAGCAGAGACUCAGGACGGUGAAUCAGCAUUCGGGUCGGACAGCAGCUCAGUUCUGGACUGGAAGCCGUUAGAAUCGAUCAGCAUCCCAACGCCCGCUGCGCCAACAAUGAGGAAAGCCCUCAGUGCCAUCAGUGUUCAGAAGGAGGAGAAGGAGAGUGUUGAUCUGGGUUACAUGACAUCAGAGAAGGCCUACAGGAUUGUGUUAGCUGGAGAUGCUGCUGUGGGAAAAUCCAGCUUCCUGCUCCGCCUCUGCAAGAAUGAAUUCAAACUGAACUCCAGCGCCACUCUGGGAGUUGAUUUCCAGAUGAAGACACUGAUUGUGGAUGGAGAGCCUGUUUUACUACAACUGUGGGACACUGCAGGACAGGAGAGGUUUCGGAGUAUUGCAAAGUCUUAUUUCCGCCGGGCAGACGGCGUGUUGCUGCUGUACGACGUCACCUGUGAGAAGAGCUUCCUGAAUGUCAGAGACUGGGUGGACAUGAUUGAGGAUGUGUCCCGUGAAGAUAUUCCCAUCAUGCUUGUGGGUAAUAAGUGUGAUCUCAGACAGGAUGCAGUGAACUGUGUUCCUUUCAGCUAUGGGGAAAAGCUGGCCAUGACAUACAACACUCUGUUCUGUGAAACUAGUGCUAAAGAUGGCUCCAACAUCCUGGAGGCUGUGUUGCACCUGGCCAGGCAGGUAACAAAGUAUGCCACCUUUGAGGAAAAAAGUCACUAUCGGUCGAUGCCCAAAUUAGACGCUCCAAGGAAAAAACCAAACUUCUCUUGCUGCACCUGAUGGAGCUCAUCAGCGCUGGAACAAGGAAAUGAAAAAAAUGCAUAAACCUAACAAAACAGCAACAGGAACAAAUCAUCAUUGUGAAUAACCAAAAUAAUUUUACAUGUGGAUUAAGUCCAUAUAAACCUAUUGCUUUGUGAAAGUUAAGUUCACUUUCUAUUAUGCUAUUACACAUAUUUCACAGAUGUUUCCCAGAACACACAGUUUCCUACACUGGCGCUGCCGUGGUGUGAAGAUGCAAGAAAAGUAUGAAAAGAGAACACCUGGGAAAGUGUAAAAUACGUGAGAAAAAAGUGAAACAAAGUAUAUGAAUGUGGUUUAAAAGUGAUAUUUUCAUGUGAUGAGAGAAGUAAUUGCAGAUGACUGAGGACAGAAAGUUAGUUUAGUAGAUGGUUCAUAUGAGAAAAUAAGACAAAUAACAAUAGAUUCAUACUUGGUCGUAUUAUUAUAAAAUUAUCUCAUGACUUUAGUUAUCUUUAGUUUAUGUUCUGGACUAAAAAGUUUAUGCAGCAUGUUAGAAGUUUGUUGUUUGCACCAACCAUAAUGUCAGACUUUAUUGAAAAUGAAUGUCAUCGAUUAUCAACAUGGUGACACAGAGACUUUUGUGAGAAGUUUAAGCUCACAAUAUAUGUACAUAUACUGUCUUUAACCUACUGUCUUUAUACCACAGCAGUGUUACUUUUUUCCCACUCAGGGUGACUUUGUGUUAUUUGGAACUGAAUAUGUGGCAGAUAAUUUUCAGUUUCCACAAAUGCUUUAAAAAUUAGUUUCAUUAUCUGGUAUAAGUAAUGAAAAGUUAGGUAAAUAUGAAGGAGAGGUGGCAGGAAGCAGAGCUCUUAUUUUCAUUCCUCAGAUACAGUGAACGUAUAUUGUUCUGUUUUACUUAAAUGUGAUCUAAGCAAACUGCCAACAAUACAUACUAAAAAGUUGUCCUCUCAGAUGAUAAACAGACAACAUCCAACUGCUCAAAACAACUGGAUUUUUAAAAAAAUCUUCCUAAAAAUGCAAAUGCAAGUAUGUACGUAUUUACGUGUUGCACAAAUACAUGUUGAUAGAAGAAUAAAAAAAUGUUCAAAUUGA